AUGACGCUCACCAAGGAGGACUUGGAGUUUCUCCAAUACAGUAGUGAUGAGACAGAAAUGGAGGGCUGGCACCGGGUGGGCAAGCUGUUAGCCGAUGGGAAGCUGAAUUGGGCUCCGGUUCAUGAGCCUCGGGCAGUUCUCGACGUUGGAUGUGGUACUGGGACCUGGACGAAAGACUUUGCCGCAAGCCAACCAACCAGCCAGUGCCUAGGCAUUGACCUCGACGUCCCUGACAAAACCCAAUUUACCCCGAAUUGUCGCUUCAGGAGCAUCGACGUCGAGAGUGACUGGGGAUAUGUCGAGGAAUUCGACUACAUCUACAUCCGCGGGUUGGCCGCGUGCAUUAUGGAUUGGCCAGGCCUUUUCAGACAAUGCUGGAGAGCGCUGCGCCCCGGAGGCUAUAUGGAAAUCAGUGAUUUUGGAUAUUCGUCCAAGUCCGAAACCAACUCGCUGGAUCCCACCUGCGGGCUGCUGAGGUGGGAACAGCUGAUAAACGAGGCGGGCGACCGCAGCCCGCGCAAAGUGGUCAUAGCACCAGCCUUCCCUGGGCUGAUGCGCGAGGCUGGUUUCUCUGACAUCACGGAGCUCAUCAAGCAGGUCCCGUACAGCGGAUGGUCCAGCAAUCCCCUUGCCCGGAAAAUUGGUCAGAUAAGCAACCCUCUUCAUAAGCUGGGGCUAAAGAACCUGGGGCUUGCGGUGCUAUGCAGCGUCUCUGGAAUGUCCCCGGCAGACGUGGACAGGGAAUUCGCUGCGGCUUCUGCGGAUAUGGACAACCCUGAUCGCCAGUGUUGGAUGCCUCUGUAA